AUGAAAGACCAUUAUAUUAAUAUAUUAUUGUUUGCUCUUCCAUUAAAUAUAUUGGUAUAUAAUCAAAGGAACUAUUACAUUACACCACGUCAUACAGAAACCAACAGAUCUUUAUGUGAAUGUGAAUUAUAUUCACCUACGAACUAUGAUAGUGAUCCCGAAAUGAAAAGGGUAAUGCAACAAUUUGUGGAUCGUACAACACAACGAUUUCACGAAUAUGAUGAAAGUUUGCAAAGUAAACGAAAGCAAUGCAAAGAUCAAUGCGAUAAAGAAAUCCAAAAAAUUAUAUUAAAAGAUAAAAUCGAAAAGGAAUUUACAGAAAAAUUAUCAACAUUACAAACAGAUAUAACGACUAAAGACAUACCCACCUGUGUUUGCGAAAAAUCCUUGGCGGACAAAAUGGAAAAAGUAUGCUUGAAAUGUGCACAAAAUUUGGGAGGUAUUGUUGCACCCUCUACAGGAGUAUUAGGCGAAAUUGCUGCACUUGCUGUAAAUGCCUGGAAAACUACGGCACUUAAGAACGCUAUUGCGGCAGCUCAAAAAGCAGGUGAUGCGGCCGGUAAAAUUGCGGGGGAAUCCAAGGGUGUUGAAACAAUUAUUGGAAUAUUAGAACAAUAUUACUCUAUAUAUGAGUUAAAAGGAACACCAUUGAAAUCCUUUUUUGCUACAACGCAUUAUACUGAUAUCUCAAAUAUUGCUACUGUUAUUGAUACGGAAUUGAAUACGUCUUGUGGGUUGAAUUCCUUAGCUAAUCAGGCUAUUUGCGGUCUUCGUACGAAAUUAGGUCUUGUUGCAAAACCUGGUCAAGUUAUGGUUACACAGAAAGAAGCUAUAACAAAGAUGAUAACCAACGUUGUUCAUAAAUCUGAAAUUACUGCUGAAGCUGCAAAGACUGAGGUGGCUGCAACUAAAACAGCAGCAGCUAUAAAGAUGAACACAGAAGCUAUAGAAGCUGCAACUACUCCUUACUAUACUCCUAUAAUAGCAUCCAUCGUUGCAAUAGUGGUCAUAGUUUUAAUUAUGGUGAUAAUUUAUUUGAUUUUACGUUAUCGAAGAAAAAAAAAAAUGAAGAAAAAACUCCAAUAUAUAAAAUUAUUAAAUUAA